GUGUGGGGCCGAGGCGUGACGUGGGGCCGAGGUGUGACGUGGCAGCCUCCGAGGUGAGUCUGGCUGCACCCACACUGGAAAACCAUCCCGGAGGUUUUUCUGCUGGUCCUUCAGCUUCUCAGCCUCACCGCCGGAGAUGAUGAUUCCCAUGCAGCAGGGACGCCGAGGUCAGCCUGCUCAGCCAUGAACACCUCCAUGCCCGGCAGCCAGCUGAGACAGCCCGAGCCCCCGGACGUGGCCGCCUUCACUCCCGUCUCCAUUGUCAGGAGCGUGACAAAGAAAUCCGAUGCCCUGCCCAUGAUCUCCGUGAUUGUCGUCAUCUUCGUCCUCUUGGCCGUCUUUAUCAUCAUCGUGGUGCACUACGGCCCUCACCUCCGCACCGUCCAGAUCACCCUUUACCACGAGCCCAUGCCACAGGACCUGGACGAUGGGGUGCACCUCACGGACUGGAAGAAGCUGGGCUCCCAGAAGAAACCACCUGCCCAGCCCUACCAGCGGGAGCCGGGCGGCGUAGAUGCAGCCGGCGUGAGCUGCCAGUGUUCCUGCAAGCAUCACCUUCCCUGCGGGAGUGCUGAGCCCAACGUCAUCGAGAUCACGUACCUGUGACAAGACUGUGGGCCACCUGGGCAGGACUCAAGGGACCAUGUCCCGCUGGAGAAAUAGCAACUGGGAUGUUAGCUUAGCCCGAGACUCACCGGUUCCCGCAUGCGGAGGUUUUAGCUCCCCAGGAUUGUGUUUCUCCCCAGGUAGGCUCAGAUAGAAAGUUGUGUCACUGCAGUGACCCAUCAUCAGCCCCCAGAAGUCCAGCCCAGGGACACCACUGUCCCCAGGAAGAGCUGGGUCCCCAGCUCAGGCUCCGGGGCUGGGUCAGCCUACGUGGGACAGCAUUAGCAUCUCUUCUGGUUUUUCUCGCCCUGGUUUUACCUGUCCCAUGAUGUCUGGGAGUGCCCAGGAGAGCUGUCUUGGUCCUUGCCCCAGCCAGGGAGCUCUGGGCUUAUGCUGAGCCCCUUGGCAGAAGCUGGAAGUUACAUCAUCUGGAAUUGCCUUCCAGAUUAAAGAUGUUUCCAUAUGCACAGUGUCCUCAUUAUGCUGUUUACAUGGCACAGAAAAGCCUCCAGCCCCUCUUUUCCUCUAUGCCACAGCCCCUUCUCCUCCAUCAGAGGGCUGAAACACCGUCCUCCCUCCUGCCAGCCCCAGCAGCGGGCUCAGCCCAUCGUGGCAGAUGGCCAGAGGAGAGGAGGCAGCACCCAAACUCAUGUUGGCGUUCCAGCAGUGGAGCCAGUGGCAGAGGACAAUGUGUCUGGUCCCCCAGCCAAGGGGUUGAGAGAAGAGAGGUGACAUGGCAGAGGCAGGAGAGGUGAUAAUGGCACAUCCCCUUGCAGUUGGCUGAACAUCUCAUGGUGUUGGCACCGGUGGAGAAACGUGCACCUCUGGGCAGAGCCUGCAGCAUCUCUGUGCACGAUGGCAGGGAUGGGGAGACCUGAGGUCCUCUUUGUUCUGGUCAUUGUCGUUGUCCCCAUCGCUCUCUGCUGUCCCUGUGCCAAGGGAUGCUCUGCUCGGGGACCUGGGCGCUUGCGUGGUUUCAGGGUUGGCAGCAGCAGGGCACGUCCGAGCUGAGGAGGGAGCGAUGGUGGGGUUGGCGUAGGCAGCAAUGUUGGCAUGGAUGCUGAUGUGGCUUGGUCACCCUGGGCAGAAGCUUGUUGAGGUGGCACAGAGGGAGCAGAUGGAGGGGUGAAACUUCAUCCUUAGCCUCGUAAGGUUCCUGGUGGUAGCACACCAUGGCAACCUGCUCAGCCCUGGGAGUCUUUCUGCUGCUGAAGGUGCCCAGCAUUGCUUUGGACAAGAAAUCGGUCUCAGUUUCUCCUCACUUGGUGGAAGCUGGACAUCAAAGCCUGUCUUCAGUGCGUGGGCUGGGAGGACAGUCCCUGGGGAGGGAGCGCAGCCUCUGGGAUCACCCUCAAGAAUUUAUAGUCCCAGGAGUGGAAAUAUGGCUCCUGCCUCUCCCCUCCCAGAACAGAAAAGCCAGAUCCGUGUCCGUCCUAAGCCACAUCCCCGGCACAGAUCCCUCUGUGCACUGUCAGACAAGAAACAGGUCCUGUUCCUCUGGGCGCUGGAGGUAUUUCUGACAUGGCAGAUGCUCCAGCAUCCUGCCUCUCACUUAUUUCCAGCUUCUUUUCUCACUUAAACUUUGGUCUUUACAAUAAACACAAUUUAUAUUACUUAUUUUGCGGGGCUGUUUCCUGUUUUGAUGUUUUCCCUUUUGUUUUCCAGAUAUGAUAGUGCAUUAUCAGCUUUCCCACACCUGUGUUAGGAGAUAAGGUCUAUCAUUUCAACUGAAAAUCACUGAGAGUCCCACCUCCCUUUGCGUGUCAACACAGGGCUUGUUUUUUUCAAUUUAUACAUCUCUCAUUAGCAAGCACCACCUGAAGAGCUAACCACCUUCCAGGGACAUCUCUUUAGAGGACGGCUGUAGGUUGUGAUAAUCCAGGUGUUCACCCAAGGGUGAGGGCUCAGUCUCAGAGCUUAAGAACCCCCCCUACAACCAUCACAAGAUCUCCAUUGACUGGCUACGCCGUGUCUCGGGGACACCGGCUGUGCGCUGAGAUGGUGUCACCCAUCCAGGGUGACUCGGAGGAGUCGUCACCUGGCUUUUGCGGUUGUGUCGUUUCGGAUCGGGGAGCAGCUUGGUUCAAGACAAAAGUCUUUAAUCGGAGAAACAGGAGCUUUCGUGGCAGCUCCCACUGAAGGACAACCGCAGCAGGGAAACAUCGUGUUUGCAAAGAAAAGAUUAAAAACAUCUAAAUAUUAAUAAAGAGAAAGAUAAAA